CGGACUAAUCAUCGUGUAACCAACGGCAUGCCAUGGAGUUCUGUUCAACACAGUUUAGUGAAGAAACGCUCGUAUAUAAUAUUUUUCAAUUCGGUCGCGUUUGUAUUUGGUCACUUUCGCAUUGAUACAAUCCAUAUAUCAGUGAUAAAAAGUUAAUGUGAACUUUAUCUUUUUGACAAGUUACUGUACAGUGUUUAUGACUGAUGAAUUUCUAUGUGAAUAUUUUAGUGUGAUUGAUAAGGGAAAACCGUGAAAGGCCCAAUUUUUCAAAGUACAAAUAUAUACAGUCUACAACUGAUUGUGCUCGUGGAUUUGCCAUUUCUUUUUUUGCACGGCAUUUUCUCUAAGAUUAAAGUUAAUCCCUAAAUGUAAUCGUAAUUGGAUCGAAUAUCCUUAAAGUAUACUGUUUGGAAAACAUAAUAUUUAUAUACACAGCCGUUUGUAUGUAGUAUCGAAGAUGGACAAAUGCUUGAAUAAGUUAUUUGGUCGAAGGGGUUCUCGUGUUAGUACAAUUAAUGAUUGGCUGCAAAUAAAAAUCGGCGGCGAUGAGGAGGUGAAAAAGAAAAAGGGCAACCAGCAAUUGAAUCGCAUUAAAUCCACAAAAUAUACAAUUAUAACAUUCCUGCCACAAAAUAUGCUUGAACAAUUUCGCCGAAUAGCAAAUUUCUAUUUUCUUGUUAUGACAAUUAUAUCAUUAGUAAUCGACAGUCCGGUCUCACCAUUAACAUCCUUACUGCCAUUGGUUUUUGUGAUUGCUGUGACGGCCGCUAAGCAGGGCUAUGAAGACUUCUUACGCUACAGGACCGACAAUGUCGUUAAUCGUUCACCAGUGACGGUGAUACGCAACGGUGUGGAGACAAACAUACAAUCGCAAUACAUUUGUCCGGGUGAUCUGGUUGUGAUAGAACGUGAUUGUGAUGUGCCUUGUGAUUUAGUAUUGUUACGCAGUACAGAUCCACAUGGCAAAUGCUUCAUAACAACAGCCAAUUUGGAUGGGGAAUCCAAUUUGAAAACGCUCACCGUCCCUAGAGAUUUGCCAAUGCUCGAUAUAAAUGAGCUGCAUAAGCUGGGUGUUAUCGAGUGCGAGAGCCCAAAGACUGAUCUUUACAGUUUCAAUGGUAAAAUAGAGUUGGCUGGCGGAGAGGGACGCAUAUUGCCGCUGUCUUCGGAUAAUGUGCUAUUACGUGGUUCGCGCGUUAAGAAUACUGAAUGUGUGAUUGGGUGCGCUGUUUACACUGGCAUGACUACGAAAUUGCAGCUGAACAGUCGCUUAACGCGUAAUAAAACUGCCUCCAGUGAGACGUAUGUGAAUCGCUUUUUGGUGGUGAUACUACUUAUGCUCAUUGUGAUCGUCACCAUGAUGUACUUAUUUAAACGUUAUGAAGAAAUCUAUGUUAUACCGAAACUUGCAUACUUAGGUCCUGCUGCAGACGGUUAUAGUGUGAGACAAUUCCUUCAGGAUUACUUAUCAUUUCUGAUACUCUUCAAUUAUCUGAUACCAAUAUCUUUAUAUGUUACCAUUGAAUUGCAACGUGGUAUUGGUGGUUUCUUCAUGGAAUGGGAUUUACAAUUGUACGAUGAGGCAACCGAUGAACAAUUCAUUGUAAAUACAUCGAAUUUGAAUGAGGAGUUGGGUCAGAUAAAUAUAUUGUUUUCCGAUAAAACCGGUACCCUAACGAAGAACGAAAUGAUAUUUCAACAGUGCUCGAUAAAUGGCCGAAAGUAUACUUAUAAGAAGACGCGCUUACAAGAAGAUGGAAGUAGCGCGUUAAUUGAUAUAAACCAUUUCAGUAAAGAUCAAAAGAAUUUCUUUCAAGCGCUGGCCAUAUGUCAUACCGUUCAGGUAGCUGGAGAUUCCAAUGAAAAUACCACUGAAGAAGUUGAAACUGCCAACAAAGCUGUAAAUGGUAGGAAUGUAGCCCCUAAAGUGUAUUCCAUAUCAAAUAUCACUGAAGAGAGUAACAAUUCUAGUCGACAAAGUGGUGUAAAUUUGGAAAACACAAAUUCCUUAGAAACUUCGCUGUGUAAUAAUCCAAAUGGUACAACGCCUGAUGGCAUUAGCAGUAAUGAUAUUACAAACAUAUCCAAUAAUGUUACUUCCAAUGGCUCGGUUGCAACGCAUAUGACAUCUGACAUUAAUCCUUUACUUGAUGAAGUAAAUAAAAUUGAGAAACGCAAACGACCAGUGAUUGUCAAGCGAAGUCCAAAUUUUACUCGUGCCUCCUCGAGAAUACAUCCGAUUUCAACAGGCUCAACACAAUAUGAAAAUUCUAUGGAAUGCUCCAUAGAAAUGGUUAGCCGUUCUACUGAGCCCAACAUGUUAUUGAGCCCGGAGUCACGCCCCUCAUCACUACCUUUCACUCGUUCAACAUCGGCCAUAGAUUUACCAGAUGUUGCAGUUGUUCCUUCUCCCACAGGACAUAAGAGAUCGCAGUCUUAUGGCGCGCCGGGAGCAUACUUAUCGCAAACACUACAACGAGGCGGAGUUGUGUUACGUACAGCUAGCAAUACGUCGCGAGAAUCCUACGCAGCACCUAACUUUCAACGCCAGCCCACGCUUUUAAUACGCGCCGAGUCACAGCGUCGCAAGCACGAAAUCGAACAAGUUGUACACACACUCGACUAUCAAGCCUCUAGUCCUGACGAAAAAGCGCUCGUCGAAGCCUGUGCCAAUCUUGGCCUCGUUUAUAUGGGUGAUGAUGAUGAGGUCUUACGCAUACGUAUCGUGCCUCCACACAUGGACUACUCGCGACCCUUUAGCGUUGGCAAAGUGAAUGAAAUGCAUUUCAGUCGCUUACACGUAUUGGAAUUCACAUCCGAUCGCAAGCGUAUGAGUGUGAUUGUAAAGGAUGAAAAUGGUACUAAGUGGAUUUACACUAAAGGUGCUGAGAGUUAUGUGUUUCCACUCUGUGCCAAUAAUCAAUCAAAUAUUAUAACACGCACCGAUGCGCAUAUAAGCGAUUUCGCCCGACAAGGUCUACGAACGUUAGCAGUGGCGAGACGACGCGUUGGCGAUGAAGAAUAUAGAAGUUUCAUGGAUGAAGUAAAUGACGCGAAUAGUUCACUAGAAAAUCGAAAAGAGCUAUUGGAGCGAACAUAUGCCAAAAUGGAGUGCAAUCUUGAGUUACUCGGCUCUACCGCCGUCGAAGAUGCCUUACAGGAUGAUGUGGCUGACACACUUAUCUCCCUACAAAAAGCCGGUAUCAAAAUUUGGGUGCUGACCGGUGACAAAAUAGAAACGGCACUCAAUAUAGCGCUCUCUUGUGGCCACAUACCUCCCGAUGCCAUCAAGUAUUUUAUCAUCGAUUGCCGAUCGAAAGAGGAUAUGCUGGUGCACUUAAAUGCAUUGGACCGUGAAAUUGUUUUUGGUAUUGGUGCUCAAUGUGCGCUACUAAUUGAUGGUAAAAGUUUAACCAUAGCACUGAAUGAAACACCCGAAAUGUUCCGUGAUAUAGCUAUUAAAUGCACCGCUGUGCUUUGCUGUCGCCUAAGUCCAUUGCAGAAGAGUGAGGUGGUUUCGUUAAUAAGAACUUCUAAAGAAAAUUACACAACGGCGGCUGUGGGUGAUGGUGCAAAUGACGUAUCGAUGAUUCAAGAGGCACACGUGGGACUAGGUAUUAUGGGCAAAGAGGGUCGUCAAGCUGCGCGUUGUGCUGAUUUUUCUUUUGCAAAGUUUUCUAUGCUCAAACGUUUGAUAUUGGUACAUGGACAUUAUCAUACAACGCGUUUGUCCUUUUUAGUACUCUAUUUCUUUUAUAAGAACAUAGUAUUUAUGGGUAUAAUGUUCCUCUUCCAAUUCUACACUCUAUUCUCAUCGCAGUCCGUGUACGACUCACUCUUUCUGACGCUAUACAAUGUGAUUUACACGUCAUUGCCGAUUUUAUUUAUAUCUCUUACUGAGAAAAAAUUCAGCGAAGAGACACUACUGAAGCAGCCCGAGCUUUAUAAAAAAAAUAUUGGCAAUAAGGAUCUACAUUGGGAGUACUUCAUUGGUUGGAUAUUGUUUGCCGUCUAUCACACGCUGAUCACAUACUUCUUUACAUACUACAUAUUCACCACAAAUCCUGUGCUAUUGAAUAUCGGUCAACCGGCUGAGUUCUCUUGUUUUGGGGCGCUUCUUAUUGAAAUUGUUGUUGUUGUGGUCAAUUUAAAAUUGCUGCUUGAGUCCAAGUACCUGAGCUUUUGGUAUAUAGCGACGAUCCUCGGUUCGAUUGCGGCGUUCAUAGUAACUACGAUCGUCUAUAAUGUAAUCGAUUUGGACUUCGACACCGAUAUCUAUUGGGCUUACAACAAAUUGUUAUCUUCGCUUCCCGUUUGGCUUUUUACAAUAAUCACUGUCAUAUCGUGUCUCCUACCCGAUUAUGUAAUAAAAGUCAUACCGAAGGUAUUAAAUUUGCCAAAACGCAGCUUUUACCCAAACACGGGUCGUUUAAUGAUGCGACGAAAUGUUCAGUCGACGCAUUUAUGAGUUGAAACUACAACGUUGAUUAGUUGAUGUUUGGUAUUUUUUUUUUUAGUAAUAAAAUAGGUAUUUUAAAGUAAAUAUUAGGUACACAUAUGUAAGUAAGUUUUGAUAGAAACGAAUUAACUGGUUUUGGCAUGCAAGCCUAAUAUUGAGGGGUGUUAUAGAAGCCGACGGAGAAUUGCUUAUUUCGAAUGACUUGAUUUUGCUUUUUUCGCAGAUAAUCUGCAAUCUCAAGUCAGCUGGAAACAAAUCAGCUGUGCGAAAAACCCAGCAAUUCGAUUUAUUUUUGAACUGGCAUUAAUACAUUUGUGAUUUCUGGGAUAGCAUUUUUAAUGAUAAAAGAACUUAGAGAAGAAGAACGGUGACUAGAGCAAUCCGCUGAAGCUGCCACAGUCGAAGUACAUAAGUGCAAUUUGCAUUCUACUAUUACAUUUGAAUGUAGAUUCAUAGACAAACAUCGUCUUUGUAAUAUUGCUGGAUGUCAUUGAAGACAAGUUGGAUAGGCUGUCUAUCCAUUUGCUGCGACACUGCUUUCCCAGUAGGGCGCCUAUCAAGGAUCUGUGGGCAAUUGUUUAAAUAUCUCCUUAGCGCGGCGGUUAAACAGUAGUGUUAAGGCUUUUUAACGGUUAAUCAAGGUGGUGUUUUGGUGUUUUGUGAAUGAUCCACCCCAGUUGGCCAUCGCUUCUCCAAAUAUACAUACAAAAAAAAAAAAA